AUGAUUUCAUAUCAUCUUGUAAAUGAAUCUAUUAGGACUGAAGAUGUUAUUGUUGAUGAAACUAAUAAAAGAUAUAUCUUCAAGUAUCCAUGUACAUCAAAUAGUGAAUGUACAGAUUAUUUUGUUAGUUUACCUGCAGGUGUGUACAAAUUUGAGUUGUAUGGUGCCUCAGGAGGAGCAACUGAAGGAAAAGUUUCGACUUUCAUUGAUUCGAAUGGAAAUUGCACGAGUCAAGAGAUUGUAACUGCAUUCGGCGGAAACACAGAAUGCAAGAAAAAGAAUAGUCGAGGAGGCUCUGGCGGUUAUAUCUCAGGAACAAUAAUACUUUCUAAGCGAACAACCACUUUUUUUACAAUCGGCGGUCGCGGAAUCUAUACAUACAAAAUUACAGAGGAACAAACAGAGCGAUGCUAUAUCCAAGAAAAUAUGGUUGCUGGAGGAUAUGGCGGUGGCGGAUACGCAGCUAAUUGGUAUCGAAAUGAAGUUGAUAAUGGCUCAGGGAGCGGAGGCGGCCAAACAUGUGUCAAAUUUGAGAAGAACGAUCUCUGGCAUCGCGUUAUUGUAAGCGGCGGCGGUGGUGGCUCAGACAAUA